AUGACCUUUAUGCUUUCAAUAAAGCGAAUUCUGUGGCUCUUGCCACUAGUGACUAGGCAGAUAGCUGGGAUUGCUCAGUAUUCCCUGGACGACAUAGAUUCCGGUAAAGCCUUAGCAGAAUUGAGCAAGAUCGCCCACGACAAUGCCUUGAGUCGACUUGAGAGCGGUGGCCCGCACAAUUGCACUAAGGAGAAUGUCAAGGUCUACAAAGAAUGGAGAUAUAUUCCAGGCGACGAGAGAAUCGCAUACACAAACGCUGUUCAAUGCUUGAUGAAUAAACCUGGAAAAAUGUCCAUAUUCGAGGGCUCGAAGACCGCAUUUGACGACUUUACUGUUUUGCAUGUCCUCCUUGUACAAUACGUACAUGUCUCUGCUGCUUUCCUGUUAUUCCACCGCUACUUUCUGUAUACAUACGCGGAGAAGCUUGAGGAAUGCGGCUAUACUGGCACGAUCCCUUACUGGGAGUGGGGCUUCGACUGCGAAGACCCCAAUUCGUCACCCGUCUUCGAUGGCUCCGCUACCUCGCUAGGAAGCAACGGAGAGAAGAUUCUGAACCGAACCGCCGGUUCUAUUCCUGCACUAGAUAUUCCAGGCAUACCAUUGGGUUCUGGCGGAGGCUGUGUGUACAGCGGACCGUUUGUGAACUACACUGUGACCAUGGGCUCUAUCGUGGAUCCCGACCCGACGCGUUACAACCCGCGCUGUCUGAAGAGGGAUUUGAAUGGAUUCAUCUGCUCACAAUGGGCUUCGUUACGAAAUAGUACACAGCUCGUUCUGGACAGCCCGAAUAUCGAGUUGUUCCAGGCCAUAAUGCAGGGAGACACACGGUAUCCCGAGGCAGCAAACGUCUUCUUUGGAGUUCAUGGCGGAGGACAUUAUACGAUCAGUGGUGACCCUGGUAGCGAUUUCUACUUCAGCUCUUCAGAGCCUGGGUUUUUCCUCCAUCAUGCUCAAAUUGACAGGCUAUAUUUCAUUUGGCAGAAUUUGGAUUGGGAAAACAGACAGAAUAUAGGAGGAACUAGAGCUUGGGCGGGCAUCCCGCUGUUUCAAAAUGGAACUCUUGACGAUGUGCUCCUUUUUCAGCCGCUGAACGCUAAGCGAACGUUGAGAGAACUUAUUGACACACUUGGUGGCAGUCCAUUCUGCUAUGUUUAUGAGUAA